AUGACUCUAUAAUAAUACCUUCAUGAUUCAGUAAUCAUUUUAAUAAGGAUUAUGUUAAUUUAUCACUAAUAAUUUGAAUGCAACAAUAAUAAUGCAUCUAAAAAAGGACAUGCAACCUCUGCGCAUGUCCACAAAGAUCAGCUGUGAAGGAGGCGGGGCUUCCGUGACACACCCGGAAGUGAGCCACACGUGUGUUGGUCUGUUCUCUCAGUAUCGCGGUGGGCAGAUGAUGUCAUCAACAGAGGACCAGCUGUGUCUGAACAUCUGCAGCAGCGUCUCCUUCCCCCCCAGGAAGAAGCCACUGACGACGCAGCAGAGAUGGACCAGAAAGAAGCAGUGGGCAGAGAAGAGGAGGGUGGAUUCCUCUGAAGAGGAGAAGAUGAUCAGCUCCUCCAAACAGAGGAGACGGGCCCAGGAGGAGGAGGAGGAGGAGGAGGAGGAGGAGGAGGUCACUCAGACUGACCAGAGGAAACUACAGAAGAAGAAGAAGAAGGAGGAGGAGGUGUUGACGACGGAGACAAGGAUCAUCAAGACUUCUUCUCUGUUCAGACAUAACCCGGAAAUCCCCGUCAUCCUCAGACCAGAUGUCUCCCAGUUAAAGGAGCAGAUCUUCACCAGCGACUCAUUUUCAGACCUGGACCUCCAUCCACACCUGGUGGCGACACUCAACAAAGUGCUGCAUGUUUCCACAGUGACCAGUGUUCAGAAACGCACGAUUCCAGUCCUUCUGUCGGGGCGAGACGCGGUGGUUCGUUCUCAGACGGGUUCAGGUAAGACGCUGUCCUACGCCGUCCCCGUGGUCCAGAGUCUGCAGGCGGCCCAACAGAAGGUCAAAAGGUCAGACGGCCCGCUGGCCGUCGUCAUUGUCCCCACCAGAGAGCUGGCCCAGCAGACAUUCCAGAUCUUCACAAAGCUUGUGAAGCCGUUCACCUGGAUCGUCCCCGGUGUCCUGAUGGGGGGAGAGAAGAGGAAGUCAGAGAAGGCCAGGCUUCGUAAAGGAAUCAACAUCCUGGUUUCCACCCCCGGGCGUCUGGUGGAUCACAUCCAGAACACCCUGAGCGUCGGCUUCAGCCGCGUCCGAUGGCUCAUCCUGGACGAAGCUGACCGGACGUUGGACAUGGGCUUUGAGAAGGAUGUGACCAUCAUAGUGAACCGUCUGAACAGCACUGGUUCCAGCAGGCAGAACGUCCUGCUGUCAGCGACAUUAACCCACGGUGUCACCCGGCUUGCAGACGUUUGUCUCAACGACCCGGUCCAAAUCCAGGUGUCUGGCCUUGCCUCCUCUGACCUUGUCACCUCGGGCUCCGCUGUGACCUCUGACCCCGGCUCACUUCAAUCAGAGAGCUUCGUUCUGCCCGAGGCCCUGAAGCAGUACGUGGUGGUGGUUCCCAGUAAGCUCAGAUUGGUCUGCCUGGCUGCUUUCAUACUGGAAAAAUGCAAGUUUGCUCAGGACAACAAAGUCAUUGUCUUCACCUCGAGCUGCGAGGCAGUGGAGUUCCUCCACAGCCUCUUCUCCUCCGUCCUCUGCGGAGCCUCAGCCAAUCAGAGGCCUCCGCUCAGCUUCCUGCGUCUCCACGGCAACAUGAAGCAAGCAGAGCGCUCGGAUGUCUUCCAGCAGUUCUCAGUGUCUCGGUGUGGAGUUCUGCUGUGUACGGACGUCGCAGCCAGAGGCUUGGACCUUCUUCAGGUCACCUGGAUCAUUCAGUACACUCCUCCCACCACGGCAGCGGAAUACGUUCAUCGAGUCGGUAGGACGGCUCGUAUCGGAGGAACAGGAAGCAGUCUUCUCUUCCUCACCCCCGCUGAGGCCGCCUUUGUUAACGAGCUGGCCAAUCACAACAUCAGCCUAUUGGACCUGAAGUUGCAGAACAUCCUGUCCACUCUGAUGCUGGAUGACGCCUAUAAGGGGCGGGGCAAAUACCACAGCCAGUCCUCAUCUAAAGCCCUGGAGCAGGAAACCAGAGAGAGGGCCACGGUCCUGCAGACUGAGUUUGAGAACUUCGUCCACUCGGACCUUCAGUCGGUGCAGAGGGCAAAGAGCGCGCUGCAGUCCUUCUUGCGGGCUUACACCGCUUACCCCUCCCACCUCAAACACAUCUUCCACAUCCGCUCCCUCCACCUGGGCCACGCCGCCAAGAGCUUCGGCCUGCGAGACGCUCCGCAGGGCCUGAGAGGCCCCGGGGCCCGCUGCCACAAAAACAACAACAACAACAACAAGGGGCCGAGGGUCCGCACCGCGGCAGUAAAGAGCCUCUCGGCCCGUCAGCACUCUGAGUUCUCCAGCGGUUUGGAGGCAGCUGACGCCAAGAAGAAGAAGAAGAAGAGUGCAGUGUUUGGCCAGGAGGAGGAGGAGUAAGAAUAAUUAGACUCUGAUGAAGAUGUUUGAUCUGUCUUGUUGGAAAAUAAAUGUAUUUUUUGUCUCAGGUUUA